AGGAGGUUCCGGAGCAGUAGGUGACCAUUAGCUUACUGCAGGAGAGGAGACAAGCAAAGGAGAUACAGAUAUCCCUCCACCAUGGAUCUGGUCGAGGACUACGAUUACUAUGGCAACCUAACCCUGAACUACAGCUAUGAGGACUACCACACUGUGUGUGAGAAGGCUGACGUGCGCUCCUUUGCUGGACUCUUCCUCCCUGUGGUGUACUCAGUCUGUGUGGCAGUUGGGCUAGCCGGGAACUCCCUGGUGCUAUCUGUCUAUGCAUACCAUAAACGUCUGAGGAGAACCAUGAUGGACGCCUUCCUAGUCCACCUGGCCGUAGCCGACCUCCUCCUCCUCCUAACCCUGCCCUUUUGGGCUGCAGACGCGGCGCGGGGCUGGGAGCUGGGCCUGCCUCUCUGUAAGCUAGUCUCUGCCUGCUACACAAUCAACUUCACCUGCUGCAUGCUGCUGCUUGCCUGUGUUAGCAUGGACCGAUACCUAGCAUCUAUUAGAGCGGAGGGAAGGAACCAGGGAAGGCUAGGCAGGGUCUUCACCCGGGCUCACUAUGGGAAGGUCUGCCUGGGGGUGUGGGCUGUGGCUUUCCUCCUGGGUCUUCCAGACCUGCUGUUCUCCACGGUGAGCAAGACCUCCGGGAGAAGGGUCUGUUUGGCUGUCUACCCGCCCAGUCUGACCCAGGAGGUCAAGGCCUGCCUAGAGAUGGUGGAGGUGCUGUUGGGAUUCCUGGUGCCGCUCCUGGUGAUGACGUGGUGUUACUUUAACGUUGGGCGUGCAUUGGGGCGACUCCCAGUGGAGAGUAGGGGGAGGAGGCUGAGCGCUAUCCGGGUGUUACUGGUCGUGGUGGGGGUGUUCGUGGUUACCCAGCUGCCCUACAACGCUGUGAAGAUAUGCCAGGCGAUGGACUCUACCUACACGCUGGUGACCCACUGCGGUGUGAGUAAGGCCCUGGACCGGGUGGCGCAGGUCACUGAGAGCCUGGCUCUGACCCACUGCUGUCUCAACCCACUACUCUACGCCUUCCUAGGGUCCUCCUUUAGAAAACAUGUACUGAAAGCAGCCAAGGCAUUUGGAGGAAGGACAAGGAGAAGGGAGGAGCAAGCUGUGGAGAUGUCCUUCAACAACUCUCAUGCCGCCUCAGGAGACGAGUGCCUUCUCCAUAUGAGAGAGAGACAGAUAGAG